CCUCCGCCGGGGAGAUGCCUCUGGCCCGCAGCCUUUCGGUGACCUCCCUGACAGGGUUAGAGGACUGGGACGAUGAACUUGACCUGGAGAACUCCAUCCUCUUUGAGGUGGCCUGGGAGGUGGCCAAUAAAGUUGGCGGGAUCUACACAGUUAUCCAGACGAAAGCCAAAAUCACCCUGGAUGAGUGGGGCGAGAAUUACUUCCUGAUUGGGCCUUACCUGGAACAGAAUGUCCGCACUCAAGUGGAGCUCAUAGAGCCGCCCAACCCUGCCAUCCGCCGCACCAUCGACUCCAUGAAUGCUAAAGGAUGCAAAGUUUACUUCGGCCGCUGGCUGAUUGAGGGCGGCCCCUACGUGAUCCUCAUAGAUAUCGGGGCAACAGCCUGGAGCCUCGAUCGUUGGAAGACAGAGCUGUGGGAAAGCUGCUCCAUUGGGAUUCCUUGGUAUGACCGAGAAGCCAACGAUGCGGUGCUCUUUGGCUUCCUCACAGCAUGGUUUCUAGGAGAGUUCGCUGCACAAUGUGAAGAAAAACCCUUCAUCAUCGGUCACUUCCAUGAGUGGCUGGCUGGGAUUGGUCUCGUCCUCUGCCGGACCCGGAAACUGCCAGUGGCUACCAUCUUUACCACCCACGCCACCUUGCUAGGCCGCUACCUGUGCGCUGGCAGCGUGGACUUCUACAACAACCUAGAGACUUUUAAUUUAGACAAGGAAGCUGGGGACCGGCAGAUUUACCACCGUUACUGUAUGGAGCGAUCUUCCGUCCACUGUGCCCAUGUUUUCACAACCGUCUCCCAGAUCACAGCCGUGGAGGCUGAACAUUUGCUAAAACGGAAGCCUGAUAUCGUGACUCCCAAUGGUUUGAACGUCAAGAAGUUCUCGGCCAUGCACGAAUUCCAGAACCUCCAUGCGCAGAGCAAGGCCCGCAUCCAAGAGUUCGUCCGGGGACACUUCUAUGGGCACCUGGACUUCAACCUUGACAAGACCAUCUUCUUCUUCAUCGCUGGACGCUACGAAUUUUCAAAUAAAGGGGCCGACGUUUUCUUGGAAGCUCUGGCCCGGCUGAACUACCUGCUCAGGGUGAACGGCAGCCAGACCACAGUGGUAGCCUUUUUCAUCAUGCCAGCCCGGACCAAUAACUUCAACGUAGAGACUCUGAAAGGCCAAGCAGUCCGCAAGCAGCUCUGGGAUACAGCCAACGCCGUGAAGGAGAAGUUUGGCAAGAAACUCUAUGAAUCCCUCCUUGUAGGGAAUCUUCCGGACAUGAACAAAAUGCUGGACAAGGAAGAUUUCACCAUGAUGAAGAGAGCCAUUUUUGCCACCCAGCGCCAGUCUUUCCCCCCAAUCUGCACUCACAACAUGUUGGAUGACUCCACCGACCCCAUCCUCAACACCAUCCGGCGCAUCGGCCUCUUUAACAGCAGCUCCGACCGCGUGAAGGUCAUCUUCCAUCCUGAAUUCUUGUCUUCCACCAGCCCCCUUCUACCUGUCGACUACGAGGAGUUUGUUAGAGGUUGUCACCUGGGGGUGUUUCCUUCUUACUAUGAGCCGUGGGGCUACACACCAGCCGAAUGCACCGUUAUGGGCAUCCCCAGCAUCUCCACCAACCUCUCUGGCUUUGGCUGCUUCAUGGAGGAACACAUAGCAGACCCAUCAGCUUACGGUAUCUACAUCAUGGACCGACGUUUCCGGGCCUUGGACGAGUCGUGCACACAGCUGACUUCGUUCCUCUACAGCUUCUGCCAGCAGACUCGGCGGCAGCGCAUCAUCCAGCGCAACCGCACUGAGCGCCUCUCUGACCUCUUGGACUGGAAGUACCUGGGCAGGUAUUACAUGUACGCCCGGCAUAUGGCGCUAGCGAAGGCAUUCCCUGACAAUUUCACCUAUGAGCCACAUGAACCAACAGCUGCCCAGGGCUUCCGCUACCCGCGCCCAGCCUCGGUGCCGCCCUCGCCCUCCAUCUCCCGCCACUCCAGCCCCCACCACAGCGAGACCGAGGAAGACGAUGAGCGGUACGACGAGGACGAAGAGGCGGAGAAGGACAAGCAGAACAUCAAGUCCGCGGCGCUGAUGGGCUCUGUCCCCGAGUGGCGGAAACGCUCAAAGAAGGGCUCCAGCGAAGCCAGCACCUCCUCCAACGCCAGCACCCCCACCCUUCCCAGCAGCCCCAGUGACCCCAGCAGCCCCACCAACUCCCUCAUCGAGGAGAAGAAUUAACCCCCUUUCUAGCCCUGCCGACACAACCUCCCACGUCUGCUCCUCUGCCAUGCGUCCCCCCCCGCCCUCGAUA